GUUUCCCUCGUGGUAGCACGAUGACCGUACUUUUCGGCCUUGCAUGGGCCAAGCUCGCUCGCGGUGCGCGGCUCUGGACUCGAUCGCACGCCUGCCUGGGCAGCGCGCGACGUGACCCAGCAGCACCAAGCAGCGGCUGCCUGUCUGUUGCUCGAGGCGCUCUUGGCCGCUUGCUUCCCCAGGCCAGCGGCGCACCCCUCAACUGCUCCGGGCGAUGCCGCCGCGGGCCGCCAGGGGCAAGAGGGGCUCGGAAGGCUCCCGCCUCCAGGGCCGCCCCCACAGCACAGGGGGCGUCAGGCCGCGCCCCCUCGCGCUGGAGCUGCCUCCCGUGCCGGUGCUGCUGACAACGCCCGCCGCGGGCUGGGGCGCGAGGGCGCCGCCCCCGGAGGAGGCCGGCCGGAGCCCUGCGUCCACCCGCGCGGGCAGCCCGGCGGGCCGCCGCCCGCCCGCGCCCGGCGGCCUCGGGGCGCCCGCGGGCUCGCGCUGCAGCUCGGGCUCGCCGCGGCGCCGCCGCGCUGCCGCGGACGCGCACGAGGCCCCCGCGCCGGACGCCGCGGCGGCGGGCGGCCCGGCGGCCGCCGCGGGCGCGGCGCCCCGCCGCGGCUCGGCGCCCGAGGCGCCCGCGAGGGCGGCGCCCUGCGCGGCCCCUGCGCACGCCCUGCUGCCGCCGACCACGGCCGCGGGCCCGGCGCAGCGCCGCCGCUCCGCGCCCUGCACCUCCGAGGUGCCCGCGGGGGCGGCGCAGUUGGGCGCCCCAGAGGCAUCCUGCGGGGCCCCUGCGCGCGCGCCCAGCGCUCCGGAGGUGCUGGCAGAGGCUGCGGUGGACGCCGCACGGGGCCUGGAGCGCAGAUCCCUCUCGCGCAGCCGCCAGGCGUCGGUCUCGAAGCUCUCCGUGGGUGGCCGCCACGGCUCCGUCGCCCAGGAGCCGUCGCGGGGCGGGGAGCUCGUGGAGCUGCGCCGCCUGGCCCGGGCUGUGGAAGCGCCGGCGGCAGAGAUGCAGCGAUCGUACGCCCGCUUCCAGGAGGACCUCAACCUCACCCUGGGGGAUGCCGAGAUGCGCAGGAUAGCGAGAGAGAACGGCAUGUCUCUCGACGAGGCCGAGAGGUACAAGAGGCUGUUUGCCGAGGUGGACGUUAAGUGCACAGGCAGGAUCGAGAGCGGCGAGUUCGAGACUCUCCUGUGCAGGUGCGGCAAAGUGCCACGGGGCCUCGCUUCAGGGAUGAUGCGCUCCUUCUGGCUCCGAGCAGACUCGGGCCGCACCGGGAGCAUCGGCUUCGAGGAGUUCGUGGUGUUCACCCAGAAGCACUUUGCCUCCGGAGCCCUGAGGUUCGGCGAGGGCCUCAGACGAAGCUCGUAUUGA